UAUCUUGUAAGUCAAAAAGUCAGUUAAAUGCCAUCGAUUUUCUCAAAUUUAGUGAGUUCGUAGUGAAUUACAUCUCUUUCCUAAUUGUCACUACAAAUUACCAUUCGUAUUUAUUAAAAUAGUUAGUAUCCAUCUAGCCUCUUUUGAAACAAAUUGUUUUCCGCGGUGCUUUUCAAUGAAUAUUUCAAUUGUUGGUUGAAUAUUGGUUGAAAUAUUCUUUUGAUUGUUACCGUGUGGAGACAAAACAACAGUUUGACAAAAACUACUCGAAGAAAUGGAAAGCUCCUCAAAUGGCAUUGAUUACACUGAUGUAAAUGGGAUUAAUGAAGUUUCAAGUUGUCCUUUUAAUGGGUCAAAUUCUCUAGCAAAUGGUCAUGAGGUAAACAAAUUUCAUAUCCUAGACGAAACGGAGGAAAACGAUGAGUCUGAUAAUUCUGGUGAUUAUGAUUCUGACAUUCCUGACGAUGAAAUCCAAAAAAUGCUGGAAGAAGCUCUGGAAAAAAAGAAGCGAAAAGCUUCUGAAGCAGGUCUGGACAUUGAAGAGGAUAAGAUACCUUUUGAAGAAAAAGUAAAAGAAAUACUAAUAGAAAAGGGUCAAAACCACUUCGAUGUACUUCCAGAAGGAUGGAUUAAAGUAACGCAUAACAGCGGCAUGCCUUUAUAUUUACAUAAGACUUCGAGAGUAUGUACAUUAUCUAGACCUUAUUUUUUAGGACCAGGAUCAGUUAGAAAACAUCAAAUACCAGUCAACGCCAUACCAUGUUUAAGCUACAAACGAGCUUUAGACAAAGAAGUUGAUCAGAAUGAUACAGCAAUGGUUAAUGAAAAUUGCGAUCAGGAAUUACCUAAUGCUAGAAUAGAGACUGUACAAGAAAAUUUGCAAACUCAAAACAUUUCCCCCGAACAAGUUAGAGAAUAUUGUCGAAAAUUAUUUCAGUUUCAAUCAAUGACAGUAUUGAGAUUCAAAUCAUGGUCUGAAAGGAGAAAGUUUGCAAAAAAACAGAAACACGAGAAGCAGUUACAACGCCCUACGUUGCCAGAUGGAACUAAAUUGAUAACAUUCCCUAUAAAAAAUUCUGACAAUUCUGACAAUAAUCCUAAUACUAAAAAAGAAUGGAUUAUGAACCCAAAUGGCAAGUCUUAUGUUUGUAUUUUACACGAGUAUGUCCAACAUGCUCUGAAAAAACAGCCUACAUACCAGUUUACCGAAUUAGAAAAUGCAGCUACACCUUAUGCUGCUACUGUUAUGAUUAAAGAUAUGCGGUAUGGAAUUGGAUAUGGUACUAGCAAAAAGCAAGCUAAAUCAGAAGCAGCUAAAGCUACUUUGGAAAUUUUAAUACCCGAAAUGAAGUCCAAAAUUACUAGUGAUGCUCAGUCAGGUGCAACAGGGAAGAAGCCGGAAGAACACGAUUUAUCAUUUUUUGAUGAAAUAAGGGUGGAGGAUCCGAGGGUAGCUGAAUUUUGUGCUAAAACGACAGAGCCAGCUCCAUAUGACAUUCUGUUAACAUGUCUCCAAAGGAAUUUUGGUUUAGAUGAUUUACACAUAAGCUACCAAGGUAACACUUCUCGACAUCAAGGAAAAGGAAAUGAAUUUACCAUGACAGUUGGUAAACACACGGCUACGGUAGCAUGCAAGAACAAACGAGACGGGAAACAACGCGCGUCUCAAGCCAUUUUACAGGCAUUGCAUCCAAGCAUUACAUCCUGGGGAUCUCUUUUGCGUCUUUAUGGCAAUCGGUCUGUUAAAAGUUUCAAGGAGAAGAAGAUGGAAGAGCAGGAAAUAACGUCCUUGCAAAGCAAAGCGGCCAUAAAUCAACCAAAUUAUGCCAUAUUAAAUAAAUUAAUGGUCGAAUUAGGUAAACUUGGAGAAAAACGAAAAGCUGUAAAACCGAUAGGGGUUUUAGAUACAGUGGAAUCUGCCGCUGUUCCUAAACUAUCUACAGCAAAUCUGAAAAGUGUGGAUUUAUGAAGUGUAGCUGCGUUGUUAGAACGUUUAAUUUCAAUAAGUAGUUUAUUUAUGUACUGUUUGUUAAUAUGAAAUACGCUUUGUUUAUAAUCUUGAACUUUUAGAGAAGAACUUCAGAUAAUUUUUUCUUGCCAAAUAGGCAACCGAUCAUAGACACUAAUUUUUCCAUUGCGACGCAGUUUGUCUUUAUCUUCAAUGGUACAAAUGUGUUAAUGAAGCCAAAUAUAAUAAAGGUUGAAAUAUUUUGAAACUAAACAAAAAUUUAAGUUAGAUGUCACAUUAAACGAUUUUUGACUUGAUAAUUGUUCAAGAAAUUGUUACAAUUUUUAGAAUAAAAAUGCCAAUCAUGACAGACUUAUAACAAAUUAUAUUUAUAUUAAUGUAACUGCAAUUACAUUCGAUUUAAGCGUAACAUAUUUUUUAAACAUUUAAAAUAGUUGCAAAGCUGUAGAACUAAAAUUAAUACUGUUACAUAAAUAUUAUUUCACUAAAAUUGUUUCCAAUUUCUUGAUCAGUUUAUGUAGCAAGGAAAUGUUCCACCAUUUUUCAGGGUGCAUAUCAAUCUAGAAUUAUCUAGAAUUUCAUUGCUGAAUUGUCUAAUCAGGGAAUUUGUCUACUUUACAUGGAAUUUUUUAAAAUUCCAAUAGCAAUCGAUCUUUAUUAGUAAACUAGUUCAUGCUGAUAGUAUUUACAUUUUUUAUAUAUGUAUAUGUAUAAAUAUAGUGAAAGCUUAAAAGUUUCCACUAAAUGGACAUUUUUCUUUUUUAAGAAAAAAAAAUCCCAAUUUUUGCCCAUCUGUAUAUCCAAUAAGUACAACUUGGACAUAAUGAGCAAUUUUUAAUUCAGGGGACAUUAAUCCACUAAAAUUUAAGAUAUUUUAUUUUUACAAAAAAUAUCAGGAUUAUUAAUCAAAUCUAGUAUCUUUUAUUUAUUUUGAUAUUGAA